AUGAGUGUUCGAUCCGCAUGCUCUCUUUCUGGGGUAGCCCGUCUCCACACACCGAGGACCUUCCGACGCUGGCCGUCUACAAGCUCGGUGAGCUCGGGCCGAAGGUCAUUCUCAACAACGCUGCAUCGUGAUGCAACUUGGGGAUUCGUGGGAUUGGGCCAAAUGGGCUACAAUAUGGCCAAGAACCUGCGUGCUAAGAUCCCUGCCUCCGACACGCUGAUCGUGCGCGAUGUAAAUGAGGACGCCAUUAAACGAUUCGUGGCGGAGGCACAGGAGGCUGCUCGCGAGAGCGGUGCCGCCGGUACGGAACAAGUGCGAGUGGAAAUUGCCAAGAAUGCGCGUGAAGUUGCCGAGAAGUCCACCGUCAUGAUCACAAGUCUACCAGAAUCUCAGCAUGUCCUUGACGUGUAUCAUUCCAUACUGAAGCCUGCGGGCCUUCCGGCCCUUGAAGAGGAGCGAUUGUUUAUUGAUACGUCGACGAUUGACCCAGUGACAUCCAAGGACAUUGCGAACGCAAUUCACACGACCCAGACUGGACGUUUUGUCGAUGCCCCAGUGUCUGGAGGUGUUGUCGGUGCGAAGGCAGGUACCCUCUCCUUCAUGUUCGGCGCUCCCUCGGACAGUGCAGAGCUCCUCGAGCGCAUCCGUGGAGUUCUCGCCCUGAUGGGGAAGAAGGCAUGGCAUCUCGGCGAGCCCGGUUCAGGUGUGUCCGGGAAGCUUGCGAACAACUACAUGCUUGCGAUCAAUAAUAUUGCCACGGCCGAGGCUAUGAACCUGGGUAUUCGUUGGGGACUAGAACCCAAGGCCCUUGCUGAGAUGAUUAACUCUUCCACUGGCCGUUGUUGGCCCUCCGAGGUGAACAACCCAGUGCCCGGCGUGGUGGACACGGCCCCGGCUUCGCGGGGCUACACUGGUGGAUUUGGAGUAAGCCUGAUGAACAAGGACUUGCGACUUGCCCUCACGGCUGCCGAGGAAUCGGGGACACCGCUGGCCCUAGGCGGACAAGCGCGCGAGGUAUACAAUGCGGUUGAGGCCGCCCAUCGUGGCAAGGACUUUUCGGUGGUUUAUCAGUGGUUGCAUGACAAGUCACAAUAG